GGGACGCGGACGGUGACGGAGAAGGCGGGGGUGGACGUCCCUGCCUGGCGCGGUGCGAGGCGCCCUCCCGCGGGGACUCAGCGCGGAGGCCCGCGGGCUCUCGGACUCUGCAAAUUGCGGGUCCUUCCCCGCGACGGAAGAAAGUCGCGGCUUUAGGCCUUUUUACUUCGAAUAAAGAUCAUGGUGAAAUUAAUUCACACCUUAGCUGAUCAUAGUGAUGAUGUCAACUGCUGUGCCUUCUCUUCUUCACUGUUGGCUACUUGUUCCUUGGACAAAACAAUUCGUCUGUACUCCCUAAGUAACUUCGCUGAACUGCCACACUCUCCACUGAAGUUCCACACCUAUGCUGUCCAUUGCUGCUGUUUUUCUCCUUCAGGACAUAUUUUGGCAUCAUGUUCAACAGAUGGCACCACUGUCCUGUGGAGUGCUCACAGUGGACAGACCUUGGCAGUGAUGGAACAGCCUGGGGGUAGCCCUGUGAGGGUUUGCCGGUUUUCCCCAGACUCCUCCUGCUUAGCAUCAGGGGGAGCUGAUGGAACUGUUGUUUUGUGGAACACACAAUCACACAAAUUAUACAGAUGUGGUAGUGUUAAGGAUGGCUCCUUGGUGGCCUGUGCAUUUUCUCCUAAUGGAAACCUCUUUGUCACUGGCUCUUCAUGUGGAGAUUUAACACUCUGGGACGAUAAAAUGAGAUGUCUGCAUAGUGAAAAAGCGCAUGAUCUUGGGAUUACUUGCUGUGAUUUUUCUUCACAGCCAGUUUCUGAUGGAGAACAAGGUCCUCAGUUUUUUCGAUUGGCAUCGUGUGGUCAGGAUUGCCAAGUCAAAAUUUGGGUGGUUUCUUUUACCCAUGUCUUAGGUAUUGAAUUAAAAUGUAAAAGUACUUUGAGUGGGCACUGUGCACCUGUUCUUACUUGUGCUUUUUCUCAUGAUGGGCAGAUGCUAGUCUCAGGAUCAGUGGAUAAGUCUGUCAUAAUAUAUGAUACAAAUUCUCAGAAUGUACUUCAUACAUUGACUGAACAUACCAGGUACGUCACAACAUGUGCUUUUGCACCCAAUACUCUCUUACUUGCUACUGGUUCAAUGGACAAAACAGUGAACAUCUGGCAGUUUGACAUGGAAACACUUUGCCAAGCAAAGAGUGUGGAAGAUCAGCUGAAACAGUUUACUGAAGAUUGGUCAGAGGAAGAUGUCUCGCUAUGGCUUUGUGCGCAGGGUUUACAAGACCUUGUUGGUAUUUUUAAGAUGAAUAACAUUGAUGGAAAAGAACUGUUGAAUCUUACAAAAGAAAGUUUGGCUGAUGAUUUGAAAAUUGAGUCGCUAGGGCUGCGUAGUAAAGUGCUGAGGAAAAUUGAAGAGCUUAGGACCAAAGCGAAAUGCCUUUCUUCUGACAUUCCUGAUGAGUUUAUAUGUCCAAUAACUAGAGAAUUGAUGAAGGAUCCUGUCAUUGCAUCAGAUGGCUAUUCCUAUGAAAAGGAUGCAAUGGAAAACUGGAUCAGCAAAAAGAAACGUACAAGUCCCAUGACAAAUCUUGUUCUUCCUUCAGUAGUACUUACACCAAACAGGACUCUGAAAAUGGCCAUCAACCGCUGGCUAGAGACACAUCAAAAAUAAAAUAGCUUAUAUUGUAA